AUGGCGCCCUUGCCGCCUAGACCCCCACCUCAACGAGCUGGCAUCGGAGCAGGAGGACAGGUGCCGCCACAGUAUGGUGGCCCGCCUCCUCAGCAGCAAUUUCAGUCACCACCGAAUAUGGGUGGAUACGGGGGACCUCCUCCAGCAGGAGGGAUGAUGAUGCCUCCAAAUGGGGCUCCUCCUCCUCCCCAUAUGAUGAACAUGGGGAUGGGCGCUGGCUCACCCUCAGGACCACCUCCGCCGAUGAUGAUGGGAGGCGGACAAGGCCAGCUCCCCGCUGGUCCAAUGCCGAGCAGCGCUGGCGGUGUCCCAGCGCAUACAACCCUGUUCAUCGGCACCAUCUCCGCGGGCGUGUCCGACAUGUGGCUCCAUCAGCUUCUUCAGGCCUGCGGGCAGCUGAGGUCGCUCAAAAGAGUUAAUGCUUCGUUUGGGUUCGCCGAAUUUGUCGACCCAGAAUCGGUGCUGAGGGCCCUGGCGGUGCUUACUGGUCAAGAGCUCCCGCCUCAAGGCGCAGCCAAUGUCGACAAUCCUGCCGCUAAGAAGAAGCUGACUGUCCGAGCGGACGAGAAGACGAGGCAGUUCCUGGACAAGUACGAACAGGAACGCGUGCAGACUGAUAGCGAUGAGUCGAUGGAGCAGACUGCACGGGCAUCGGUCGAAUCGAUCCUUGCGCAGAUGGCCGACCCAGCCAAUUCACACAUGGCCGAAGCCAAGCCGUCGUACGACGUGCCGUCGCACCUCAAAGACCUGCCUCCCGAGGAGCUUCCUGAAGAGCAUCGAGGCAGCGUGCUGAGCGAGAUCGACAAGUUCAGGCAGGCCAGUGCGGCACGAGAGGAGGAAAAAAAGCGGAUGGAGAGGAUCCAGAAGAUGGAGAAGAUGCGACCGGCUGGUGCAGGGGACCCUGGUGCCGCCAAUGGGCGCGGGGACUCGUCCAUGGGCGGGCCAAAUGACAAGCAGAGCUACCUGAGACCGGUCGACUUCGUAGGCGCAUCUUCGUCCCAGCAGCAUUAUCGAGACGAGGAGAGGAAUCUCGGGCCGGACGAACGCGACGAACGCGAAGAGGCCCGGCGGAAAGAGCGAGAGAAGGAAGAGACGGCGCGGGCGGGCGCGGAGAGCGAACGAAGAUACCUCAACCAUGAAAGGCAGCGACUGAGCCACUGGGAGCGGGAGUUGGGCAAAGAAAGGGCGGAAGAGGCGCGCAGAGAGAAGGAGGCAAGCCAUCUUGGCAAGAUCCUGUCGGAGUGGGACCAGGAGAAGGAGGAGGCGCAGGACAUGUUCUACGCGGACCGAUCGCGCUGGAGGAGGAUGAGAGCGUCUCUCAGAGAUCGAGAGAACAAGGCGGACGAGGAGGACGCCAAGUUGGAGGAAGAGGAAAAGGAACAAGCAAGGAUAGAGGCUGAAAGAUUCCUCGAGAGGCAGGCGAAGGAGAUGGCCGAGCUGGCGGAACAACAGCGUGCUGCGGGUAUCCUUGUGCCAGGCGCGACGACACAUGCACCUCUCAAGCUCAACAAAAUUGCCGCGCUCGACGGUGCAUCCAACGCGGGUCCAGGUCCUGGUUUGGCGGCACCCACGACCGGCGUGCUUGGCGAGGCAGAAGACGAAGAUGAAGAGGGCAGAAAACGACGAAGUCGGCUGGCCAAGAUUGAACUCGACGACGACAUCUCGAAGCAGCAACGGGAAGACGCGCUUCGGCAAGAGAAACGUACGAAGUUGGAAGAGGGACUUCCAUCCGACCAAAACGAGCUCCUUGCAUUGGUGCCGAAAUGGGACCACAUUGAUGAGCUCGCCGUCGAGAGAAGCUAUCGCAAGCUCCUCGAUGAGGGUAUCACUGAGAGCGUGGGAGAGCCGGUGCCGGACAUGGUCGAUGAGCUGGUCAAGAAGCUGAGAAAUAGGCCGACAUCGAGAGACCUCGUCAACAUCAUUGAGCCAGUCCUCGAGGAAGAAGCGCCGCCCCUCGUUGCCAAGCUCUGGCGCAUCGUCAUUGCUGACACCUAUUCAGCGGCUGACGGUCUGUAA